UCUGAGUUCACGUACCCUCUUUCCCCAAACUCCAUUGACGGAUCAACACGCACGCACGGAUUUUAGUUCUUCUGUGUGGACUGUACGGCUCAAGGGACACCGCUUUCACUUCGCUGCUUGAAAUCUCGGAAAAUAUACUUUGUUGCUACUUUGUAGCUACUGACUGACACAUCAAUCUAUAAACUUUGCAACAAAAAACAUGACCCAGUUCAACAAGGGACCAGCCUACGGAUUAUCCGCAGAAGUUAAAAGCAAGAUUGCACAGAAGUAUGACGGCCAGAAGGAGGAGGAGCUGCGGUUCUGGAUCGAGGAGGUGACUGGCAUGCCCAUCGGGGACAACUUUCAGAAGGGACUCAAGGAUGGAGUCAUCCUGUGCGAAUUGAUCAACAAACUCCAGCCCGGCUCAAUAAAGAAAAUCAACCAUUCACAGCUGAACUGGCACAAGCUGGAGAACCUUGGGAAUUUCAUCAAAGCCAUUUUAAACUAUGGCUUGAAGCCCAACGAUAUCUUUGAAGCCAAUGACCUCUUUGAAAACGGGAACAUGACUCAAGUGCAGACCACACUGCUCGCGCUGGCCAGCAUGGCAAAGACCAAAGGCAUGGACACAUCGGUUAACAUCGGGGUUAAAUAUGCAGACAAGCAGAUGAGACACUUUGAUGACGAGAAGAUGAAGGCUGGGCAAUGCGUGAUUGGACUACAGAUGGGAACCAACAAGUGUGCGAGCCAGGCCGGCAUGACUGCUUAUGGGACGAGGAGACAUCUGUACGACCCAAAGACGCAGACGGACAGGCCUUAUGACCAGACCACCAUCAGCCUACAGAUGGGCACCAACAAAGGAGCAAGUCAGGCCGGCAUGUCUGCCCCAGGCACCAGACGAGACAUCUUUGACAAUAAGGUGGUCGGGCAGCCCGUGGACUCCUCCACCAUCUCCCUGCAGAUGGGCACCAACAAGGUGGCCUCCCAGAAGGGCAUGAGCGUGUACGGACUGGGCAGGCAGGUGUACGACCCCAAGUACUGCGCCCCGCCAACGGACCCCGUCAUCCACGCCAACGGUAGCCAGGGCACGGGCACCAACGGCUCGGAGAUCAGCGACAGUGACUAUCAGGCGGAGUACCAAGAGGAGGAGUACCAGGGUAGCUACCAUGACGACUACAGCGGACAUUAUACCGACCAGGGCAUCGACUACUAGGCGGCUAUACAGCUAUGGCCGAGCCAAUAAUAACACCCACCCCUCCUCCUCCGUUAGUCGAAGCAGUAUUAACUAGUUGUGUUAUCAACAGAGCAAGUCUUUUGCUAUCCUCGCUAGUCUUCCUGUAUGUUUUUUAUCAUUAUUAUUUGAAAACAAAAAAAUGGCUAUUUUUAGGCAAGGUGUUUGCCUGAAUGAGUUUUUCCCAGCUUUUUCAUUUGAAAGCAGGUUGAACAAAAACGUGUUUUGUUUGUGUUUUGGGGAUUAUUUGUAGAGAGAUAAAGAUGGUGAUUUCAUCCAUUUUGAAGAUAUGGCGUCAUUCCAUUUUUAGCAUUUUUUUGUAGAAUGGCAAGAUGGAGUUUUUAUACAGUUUUAAAAAUUUGAGACCAUUACUUUUGGAUUUUCCUUUUUGUUGUUUUUAAAUAUGUAUUUUAUGAAGUAUGGAUUACUGUGAAGUAAUGUCUCCCCUUCUUGCCAGCUAUGCAUCCGCUUCAUGCAAUAACUACCCUUUUUAAAACGCUUGACUGCUUUUAUAUCAAGAUUUGACUAUUUUAAGACAAAUUUAGAAUCUGCAAUAUUUUGGCACACAUUUUGAUUUUGUGUGAAUGCUUCUAUGCUCUCUACUCUUUCCUGACACAAACUUGCAUCAAACUUGGGGAAGGUAGGGAAAAUGUGAGACCAACAAGAACUUUCAUCAUUCCAUUCCAUUUUUAUUAUUAUUAUUAUUUUUCACAUCACUGGAAGAUCUAUUUUGAAAAUCUUAAAACUCCUCUCCUUCUUCCUUUAAAACCAUGAAAAAAUUGGAGCACUUUGCUCUUAAGGAAUAAUCUUAGUAGACUGGAUGACCAAAAACUUUUCUUUCCUUUUCCUCCUUUUACUGCCUAGGUCUUUUUUUAUUUGUGCCAUUAUGUCUCAUGUUUUAAAAGAAAGAGAAGAAAUCCCAUGCUCCCUCUGUAUUUAUUGCCAUGUCUCUCUGUAUAAGCCUUUCCUGUCAUAUGGUUCUUUUUAUGAAUAAAUUGUAUGUUAUAAAUAAAGCCUUAAAUACCUUGGUUCUACAAGCA